AUCAUGUGCACUAUUGUAGAGCCGUAAUCUCAAACAAAGGAUUACAGUUAUGCUUGAGCAAUUGAAUCAAGAUUAAUACAUUAUUAAGCUCGUGUAUCAACUCGGAAUAUAUCGUAACAGAUGAACCGGAAAUAUGCAGUAUGUGUGACAUGUUUUUACUGUUUUAUAACUUUCAUUGCGUGGAGUCUAUUAUGCUUAAAACAGAAUAUCCGGCCGCUUAAAGUUUGGAAUCAUUUAGAUGACAGCAGGCAAUUAAUUAAACUUCUAUCUGGUAGAUAUGUAGACAAGAAUCAAAGCCAAUCACUUAGCUUCCGAGACAAGAAUGUAACUGAACCUGUGACAUCUAUGCAUCAAAAUGUAACAGUACUCAAAACGUUGAGGGACCUUGUACAAAGAAGACUAUUUUAUCUUCAGAAUCCCAAGAACUGCACUGCUGCAAAGAAAAUAAUUUGUAAACCGAAUACAUUUGGUUUUGGAAGCGGCUUACACCAAGUGACCCUCUGUCUUAUAGUGGCUUACGCGACUCACAGAACACUUAUACUAGAGUCGAAAGGUUGGCGUUAUGCAGCUAAAGGUUGGGAGACUGUGUUUCUUCCAAUUAGUACUAACUGUACAUCUACCAUGAACAACACAGUUACACACACUACAAACCUGGAGAAAAUUAAAGACAAGCAAGCCAUUCAGUUACCACGAUUAAUGCUGCACGUUCAUCCUCAGAACUACUUUCCUUUUGCUAUACCAGACGAUCUAGCUGACAGACUAGAACGAGUACAUAGCAAACCAGAAAUCUGGUGGAUUGGACAAUUUGUAGAUUAUCUUAUCAGACCAAAUAUAGAUUUGAAAUCGUACAUACACAAACAACUAGACAAACUCAAUAUCAGACGACCGAUAGUUGGAUUACAUGUGAGGAGAACAGACAAGAUAAAUGAAGCUAACUAUAUCAGUCUGAGAGAAUAUAUGAAAUAUGCCGACCAAUGGUUCAACCAACACUUGAUAAAUAAUACACACACACGAUAUAUUUUUAUUGCCACAGAUGAACCGAAUAUCAUACGAGAAGCUCAACAAAAAUAUCCUAAUUAUACAUAUGUUUAUCACGAAGAUGUCAUCAAUAUAACGAAAGGUGUCAGAUAUUCCACAUCAUCAUUGAAAGGAGUUUUGUUAGAUGUUCAUACUCUAGUCAUGUGUGAUUUUGUUAUAUGUACAAUGACAUCUAAUGUGUGCAGACUCGUGCAUGAGCUUAAAGAAUCACGUGACGGGACAGCAUCUGAACGAGUGUUGUCUUUGGAUGUAGACUACAUUUUCAAUCAAAGGUUCCGUGGUAAAUUGACAGAGAGUAAGGUAUUACAUAAUGAUACUGCUGGUCUUCAUUUAAGAGGAUGUUCUGUUAUAAAAGACAAGAGAAAGAAUCCAAUAAGACCAUUAUUUACAGCAGACCUAAACAAAUCUCGAGUUGUGAUGCCCGUCUAUCCUGAAGUUAAGGAGAUAAUAUGACAUAACUUCUGAUUUGAAAAUAAAAUUGACAGCUCUU